GAUGCAGUCAUCGUUCGAUUGUAUGCAAAGGAGUGCUACAUAGAUGCAGUCAUCGUUCGAUUGUAUGCAAAGGAGUGCUACAUAUGGGACACAGCCGGUCAAGAGCAAUUUCGAACACUCGCCUCCAGUUAUUAUCGUGGUGCCAACGGGAUUCUAAUAGUCUACGACAUCACCAACGAGAAUACAUUCGAAUGUGUUCCUUAUUGGCUGAAGAACAUUGAGAGGUUUGCUUGUGAUAACGUGAUAAAGCUCUUGGUAGGCAACAAAUCUGAUCUGGUCUCUGGACGAAAAGUCAGUCAUGAUGAUGCAAAGAAAUUUGCCGAUGAGAAUUACUUGCAGUUCAUCGAGACUUCCGCCAAAUCGGCAGAAAAUGUUGAAGAGGCGUUUUUGAAAAUCGCCAGAGAAAUAAAGGACCUUGUGGCGCCUGCUCCUUAUCUGGCAUCGAACCACAAUUCUAUACGACUAGGAGAAACGGAACCUGUAAAUGACAGCACUUCUGACAGUUGGUGGUACUGUUGA